AUGAACAACGGGUCACCUAUCCGAAGACACGAAUACGUUUUAUCCGAUAUUGGAAACAAAGUGCGUUGCUCCCCAUCGAAAAAUGUGUACAAACGACUAGGGACAUCACCAAUGAAGAAGUAUUCGAACGACCUUUCAAAACCACCGAUGAGAAUUUCUCCCGCGAAAAGGCAACCACCACAUGAAGGAUCUAACUUUUUUCAAACCACUCCAAAAAGGCUGCGAUCUCCUCAAUCCUUAAAGGCUUAUCCUCGAGAAGGGACUUCUAGCGUAGACAGAAUCAAUUUUAAAGGCAGUGAAUCUGUAAACUCGACUGGCACUGACUUUGUUUUUCACACGUCACCUGUAAGGCCAAAAUUUAGCAAUAUAAUAAAUGUUGGUGGAGACGGUUCUCUAAGUAGGAUAAGGACAAGGUUUAGUAAUGGUGUGAAGUCCCCUCAAAAAGAGAAGGAAAUACAUUCUGCUUAUCCUGAUAAAGUCCAAAAGAACUUGUUCGUGCAACUCCAACAACAAGAGUCAUUGCACAACUCUUUAAGUGACUUCAACGAUACAACAAGAAUUAACACGACUAUAAAUUCAAUGAAGAUACGUCCACAAGAUGACAAGAAAACCAUAAAAAAACCGAAAUCGCUAGCAAAAAAGAAAACAGUGAAGUUUGAACUGAACGAAGAAAAGAAUCUUAAAAGCGAGUUAUCAGAAAUUAGGGCACUUCUGAUGAAUUUAACUGAACGACAGGAUCAGCUUGAACAGAGACUAUUUUCAAGGGAGGAGAGCUAUUCCCCGAAAGAUUCAUAA